GCGCCCUCCGAGGGCGGGGAUUCAAGGUGCUGAGGGAAACUUAGCGAUUAGUGUAGUAGGGUCAUGAAGAAGAGGCGGCGGCGGGAGAUCCGAGGCGGCGGCGGGAGCGUGAAACUGCGGUAGCUGUCUGUUAGGCUGGUGGUGUGGCUCUGUGGCAAGAGCGUAGUUCUUAAACUCCUCUCUGGGCAGCGGCCGGGGCUCGGGGCUGAGAGCGGCCGUGGGGCCGCCUCCCCGGGCCCCCUGGCUCCGCCAUGUUCCGCCGGGCACGCCUUAGCGUGAAGCCGAAUGUCAGGCCUGGAGCGGGCGCCAGGGGCUCCACUGCCGCCAAUCCCCAGCGUGAACAAGAGGUUCCCAGGCCGCCGGAGCCUGCCGCGGCCUCUGUCCCGAAGCCAGCGGAACCUCCAGAUGUGCCCCCGGUGGAUUCUGGGGAGGCAGAACCUCAAGAAAAGACUCCUAAGAGCAGUGAUGAAAAGACUGAUGGUGGGAAUAAUGUUGAAGAAUCAAGUAAAUCUUCCCCUACUGUUUCACAAAGAAGAAAGCGACUAUCAAGUACCUCUAGUCUGGUCAAGCCUAGUGUCAGUGUUCCCUCAGAACCUCAUCCUUUAUCUACAGUUAAUAAUCAAGAAGCUCCACAGCCAAACCCCGUUCCGACAAAAGAGAAACAGCCAUGCUCAGAUCGAUUCCGAAUAUAUAAAGCCCAGAAACUCAGAGAAAUGUUAAAAGAAGAAUUGAGAAAAGAGAAGAAGCAAUGGAAAAACAAACAUGCCGUAAAUGAAAAUCAGAGGCCACAAGAUCGUUCAAAAAUGACUAUGAGAGAUUUCAUAUAUUACCUGCCAAAUAACAAUCCAAUGACUUCUUCACUGGAGCAAGAAAAGAAAACUGAAAAAUCGUCGACACCAGUCCAAACAAGAGAGCAAGAAGGUAAGAGUACUCCUGAUGGUGAAGAUAAUGAAGAAAUAGAAGAAGAGAUGGAUGAUGGGCCAUUGCUGGUUCCUCGCGUCAAAGUGGCAGAAGACGGUUCUAUUAUUUUGGAUGAAGAAAGUUUAACUGUAGAAGUUUUGAGAACAAAAGGUCCCUGUGUUGUUGAGGAAAAUGACCCCAUAUUUGAGCGUGGUUCUACAACUACAUAUUCCAGCUUUAGGAAAAACUAUUACUCUAAACCGUGGUCAAAUAAAGAAACAGAUAUGUUUUUUUUAGCCAUCAGCAUGGUAGGAACUGACUUUUCUAUGAUCGGACAGCUUUUUCCUCACAGAGCAAGGAUAGAAAUUAAGAAUAAAUUUAAACGUGAAGAGAAAACAAAUGGAUGGAGAAUAGACAAAGCAUUCCAGGAAAAGCGCCCUUUUGACUUCGAUUUUUUUGCUCAUUUGCUUCAGAAAGUGCUUGCUGAAGAAGAGAAAAGAAAGCAAAAGUCUGUUAAAAAUCAGAGUUCAAAGGAGAAGUCCUCUAAAUCACGGAAAAAUGUAAAAGUGAAAAAAGUUACCAGUGAAAGAGUGAGUGACGAUCCAGCUGAGUCUGUGAGUGCUAGAAUUUCAGAUGCAGAAGGAUCCCAAAAGGAUACUCAGACAGUUGAAGAAGAACAACAGUCUCUGACUUUAUCAGCACAGGAUUCAGAACAGAAUGUAGUAGAACAAGACCAAAAUCAAAAGAAAAGAAGAAGAAAGAAUCAGGGUGAAGGUGGUAAACGGGAAGUAAAAAGUCAUUCAGGAAAUGCCUCUGUUCAGCCAGGCUCUUCUAAAGGAGAAAAACACACAAAUCAGUCACUAAGUCCUGAGAUAAAUGAAGAAGCAGGAAAUAAGGAACAGAAUCUUCCCUCUGUACAGAACAAAGAUGACAUUGUGGGCUUAUCCUUUAGUGAGAAGACUGAGAGAAGAACUGACCCUGUUCUUUCAUCAAGUGGUGAGCAAGAUGAUGUAUCAGUAGCAGCUGAGACUUUAGAAUCAGACACUUCAGAUUUGCCUUCAUCAGAAGUUGGUGUUAGACCAUUGUGUGAGGUGAAUAAUGCUGAGAGGAGUUGUACAGAAGAAAGAAAUGUUGACCCAAAAAAUAAAUCUCUGGAAACUGAUCAAACAGAAAAUGUUAAACCCAUGAAGAGAGUACGACUCCAGAGACCUAAACCCAAUUUAUCAAGGGCAGUUGGGAAGAAAACAGUUCUUUUACAAGAUAAAACAGAUGAAGAGAACAAGAGUUCACAUGCAGAAACGUCAGUUGAAAAGAACCAUGUGGAAAAGGACAAAACGAGUACAUCUGAUAUUUCUGGAGUGGAGAAUACAGAGAGAGAGAACCCAGAAGCUGAUGCUGUGUCUAAUUUGAGUGAAAAAAUUUGUCUGCAGGAAGAUGAUGCACCAAAGGCUUUUAGACCUGCACGACUAAUGAGGGGCUCACUGCGAAGGCAAAAACCAAAUAUAGGUAAAGCUGCUGAAAGAAAAGGAAUUCUUACAUCACAGGAAAAAAUUGGGGCCAGUGUAGAAAAGAAUGAAAAUGAAUCCGGCAUUGGUGGAGAUACUCCAGAACAAAUAGAAGAUAAGUCAUGUAAAAAUUUUGAGUGUGAAGACAUCACUUCGCAAUCUGAAAAAAAAGAUACUUCUAUUCAAGAUGUGCAGUCAGAUGAUCCCAAGGCUCUUAAUGAAUGUCCCAGUAUUCAGGAAGAUAAUAAAGCAAAUAAACAAGUUCCAGUUGUAAAGACUCGAUUUCAGAAACCAAAGCCAAAUAUUAGAAGAACAAUUGCAAAAAGAGACAUUUUCUCAAAGAAAGAGGUACCAGAAAAGAUUCUUGCCUCUGAAGAGAUGACAGCAGCUUUGAGAGAAACUGCAAGUCUAGAAACCUCACCAAGGGAGGAGGUCCCUGUGGAGACUAAUACUACUAAGGAAACGGAGUCAGUUUUAAAAGAAACUGGAAAAGACAGCUCUCCUAGGGAAAAAAUACCAGAAAUGAUUGAUGUCACUGUGGAAAUGGAGACAGAUUUGAAAGAAACUGGAAGAGAAGUUUUCCCAAGGGAGGAGGAGGAGAUACCAAAGGUGACUGAUGCCACUGAGGAAAGAGAGACAGACUUGGAAGAGACUGUAAGAAGAGAAAUAUCCCUACAGGAAAAUGCCCCAGAGGAGGUUGAUACUAUUGGUGAAGUGGUGACAGAUUUGAAAGAAACUGUAAGAGAGAUUUCCCCAAGAGAGAAGAUACCAGACAUAAUUGACGCCGCUGAGGAAGCAGAGACAGAUUUAGAAGAAUCUGAGAGAAGAGAAAUAUCUACACAAGAUAAGGUCUCAGAGGUCAAAACUGUAGGUGAUGAAGUGGAGACAGAAUUGAAAGAAAUUGGAAUCGAAAUUUCCCUAAGGGAAAAUGUAGUAGUGGGGAUCAGUGACACAGGGGAAAGGGAGGUUGAUUUGGAAGAAACUGCAAAGAGAGACUUUUCCCUGAUGGAAAAGGUAUCAGGAAAGAUGACUGCCAUUGAGGAAACAGAAGCAGAUUUAAAAGAAACUGGCAAGGAAAUUUUCUUGAAGAAAAGCAGACCAGAAGAGAUCAGUGCUUCUGAGGAAAGGGUGGCAGAUUUGAAAAAAACUAGAAAAACAGACAUUUCUCUAAGGGAAAAUGCACGAGAGGAGACUGGAACCUCAAGACAAACUGGGACAGAUUCAUUGCAGAGCAGUAGUGUUGACUGCAGCGCUGCGCCUUCCCUAACUAAUAAUGACAUUAGCAGUGAAAUACUAUCCAUGGUGCAUACAGCUGUAGAAGAAAACAGAAAUUCUGAAAAGGAAAUGUCAAGUCAGUUGAGUCAUUUGAACAUUUCUUUGGAGACUUCUGGACUUGAUAAAAUAGAAGACCAGAGGAUGCAGUCUCCAGAUGUUCCAGAGCAGUCUUCAGAUAUUAAUUUAAGCAAAUCUCUUCCUCAAGAACAGAAGCCAUCUGAAGUUAAACCAGCACCUUUUCUGAGAAGUAGAUUCAAAAGACCAAAACCAAACUUAGCAAGAGCAGCUUCAAAGAGAGGGGCCACAGGAGCAGAAAAAUGUGCACCUGGGAAGAACAUGGAACCUGAUAAAGCAGGCACUGUUGUGAUACAGCCAAACAGCGACCAAAUGAGUACUCUCUCUUCUCAACAUGAUGUGGCUUCCCUGAUGACAUCAAGAGAGAAAGAUAAAUCAGAUCACAGUCAAGAGGAGACUGUGAUAAUACCACAUGGACAGACUGAAAAGGAGCUUUCACCUUCAAGUUCUCAUGAACCUAAAGAGGAGUCUCAGUCUACACAAGCCCAGGGAAAGGAAUUAGUUGUCUCUAUGGGGACUCAUGACAUAAACACUUUGGAACAAGAAAGUGCUGUCCAAACUGUUCCACCAGUACGGGGCCGACUUCAGAGACCCAGACCAAACUUAAGAAGGGUUGGACAGAGGCAAGUAAUAGAAAAAAGUGAAGCUAAAGAAACAAAUAAGGAGGAAGGGACACUACAAAAAGAUGAAACUAAAAAGGAAUUCCUGACUGUGCCAAAUUCUCAAAUUGCACCUGAAAUUGAAGUUGUAUCCUCCAAAGUUUCAGAAGGCAGAACGUGUGAAAUUGAAGUUGUAUCCACCAAAGGUUCAGAAGGCAGAACGGGUGAAAAUCAGAGUCACGUGGUUCUUUUAGAAAACCUUCAUCUUAAUGAAGUAAAUGCUUUAGAUGAAAAGACAAGACAAGAACGUAAAACGUAUGUUCCUAGUCCACCACGAAUGAUAAGAAGGCAAUUCCAAAAGCCUAAGCCAAAUUUGGGAAGAGCACAUGCUAGGAAAGAGGAAUCAAGCAUAGAAAAAGACAGAGCAGAUCAAAGUGAGGCAAGGAAGCCAGAAGAUAAUUUGCUGCAGCAUGGAGAUUCUGACACCCAGUUUCUUCAAAAAGAAAAGGCUGAGUCUCUGACAUCUCUGAAGGUUUCAGCAAGAAAAGAUUCUGUAGGUUCCCAGGAGACUGGUUUGGCAAAAAAAGAUGCUCACUCAGAAGCUGGUCCAUCACAAAGUGUUGGAGAGAAAACCGUAGGGGAUGAUUCUGGGUGUUCAGUUGUUGAAGAGCAAUAUCUCAGUAAACCAACAAGGUUUCCACAACUGCCGAAAGAGUCAAAUCACUCUAGAAUUGCCCUGGAUCGAAGAACAGCUCUCUCUUCUGCCUCUGAGUGUGAGACAGAUCAUAGUGAGAGGAGAACACAUCGCAGGGUCAAACCAAACGUCACCAGAGGCCGUGGAUCAAAACGAGUUCGGAGUAAGACCUCUAAAAAGGAACCUAGAGCUCCCAAGGCUGUGCUGGUGACGCUUAGGGCUUCCCAGGAAGAAGACGAGGAUGAUGCUGAAGACUUUGAGUCUGACUAUGAAGAAGAAAGCUAUCAUCUUGCUCCAGAAGAAGUAAACAAAGCCCCAGUGUUUGUCCCUGUUGGUCUGAGAUCUCCUGAACCUGUUCCUACCCAAAUUGAGGAAACCAUGGAAGAGCUUGAAAUAACCGUGAAUGUCCCAGAUGUAGGAUGCAUAGCUGUUGUUGAACAUCAACUCUCAAACCCAGAUGUGACUACUCAGGAGAUGAAACAAGAAGAAAAUUUGAAUGCAUCAUCAGUCGAAAUGACCACAGGUGAACAUUCCCAAGAUGAAACAGGUACCAACGAUGGAAGCACAGAAGCUGCCAUAACUUUACUUACAAUGGGAGAUCUGGUGUUGCAGUCAGAGAUCAGUACAGAACAGAGUGAUGUAGGAGUAUGUAUACUUCCUGAUGGCCAUUCAGAGGAUAAAAGCCAUGUUCCUUUUAGCCCAGAUAAUAUAAAUCAUGAUAUUGUUCAUGAACAUCCGGAACUUUCUUCACCUGUCUGUAGUACAUCUCCAUCAGAAGACAACAAGAUUGUAUUGGAGGAACAAAGUACUAAAGAAGAAACUGGUUUAGUGGAGGAAGUAAAGGAAAAUGCUGUAUCAACCAGGACUACAACUUCUGAAGUGACCAGUAGUUUGAGACCGAGAAGAAGAUUUGCCAAGCCUAAGCCAAAUCUUAAGAAGAUUUUAGGGACCAAAAGGAUUGGUGCUCAUCGGGAAGUUCCUAGUUUGUCGGAAAUUCAAGGAGAAACUGAGAAAAAUGCUUCUAAAGGAACAGAAUUAGAGGAUAAAAGCCUUGGAUCAGAUACAACUGCAGAGAGUAAGGAGCAGAGCAAAUUGGCAUGUGUACAUGGUAUUGAAGAAACCAGUAAUUCACAAGAAGCAAGCCUAACUAAAAGAAAUGAAGAUUACGAAGAGGGAUCUGAAGAGGUUCAGAUGUUGUCGGCUGCUCCACUUGUUUCUUCUGAGCCAAGCACCGACACGCUUGCUUUGGGUACAAGUCUUGGUGAGAGUUUUAUCGAAGAGCCCCUGAGAAAGGACUCUGGUGGAGACAGUAUGCUUACACUCUAUGUACCAGAGUGUCCACCAACUAGUGUUCCAGACGUCCAACAAGAGAAUGUAAAUAAUCCUCAAGACUCAGUGGAUCUACUUGCUAAUGUACAUCAAGAUGGUGAAGAUGAACAAGCAUUCAUUUUAACUCUGGUGGAAAUUCCAACCAGUGCAGUAGAAGAAUAUGCUGAUACCACUACGCAGUUACUGCCAAACACUUUACUGCCAGCGCCCAUAUUGGUCAAAUCAGUGAAUAAAGAAGAAAGGGGGGACAUGAGUGUGAGUUUUCCGGUAAUUCCAGUUGAUCAGGAUGCCAUGUAUUUAUCUGGAAGAGAUGAUUCUGAAAAGCCUUCUGCGAAUUUGGAACUUUUAUCCAGGAAGAGAUUUCAUUGUAGUCCUGAUGAAAGUGACCAUGUUCCUCCUGCCAAAAAAAAUUCACUCACUUCAAGUGACGAUUGUCAAAAAUAUACCUCUGAGGUGUGUUCAAAGGAAUUAAUAAAUUUGGAGGAAACUGGGGAAUCUUGCCAAGGACAAGAUAACUUCCCUACCUUAGGAAGCACACUUACAAUGCCAGAUCCUCAGAAAGAGCAACUUGAAUCAACUUUUCAGAGUAUUGGAUCUAGGUCUCCUGAUAAAGUAACAGAUACACAAGAAAAGAAUGCAUCUGAGUUACCUCAGGAUGAGAUAAUGGUGUCUGAUAAAGAAGAAAGAACUUGUGCUGCUUCUAUGUCAAUGGAUAACAUUACAUCGUCUUCAAAAACCCCACUAUCCAGACCUGGCAGAAGACCCUUGGGAUUUUUAUCCUUAAUAUGUUCAAAGAAUAGUUUGGAGUCUGAUGAACCUACUCAGGUUCAUAGAAAGAAACGCCUAAAACCUCUUAUACCCAUAUCAAGAAAGAAUUUGCAAGUGUCUAAUCCACUCAAUGAAAGACAGAAAACAACUCCAGAGUCCUCUGAUCCGCCUCCAUCUCCAAGUGUUGUUGCUAAUACUCAAUCUACGAAUACUGGGAAUACUGGUAGUUCAGCAACUCAGGUUUCUUCUAAUCCCUUACCGAAAGAAGAAUGUAAAGGUGGCCAAAAGCGGGUACCUGAAGAGGAGCCAACCACCAUAUCUGAGUAUUUCUUUAGUGAUAUCUUUAUUCAAGUGGAUGAAACAGAAUAAAAGUCUUUUUUUUUUUUUUUGGUCCCAAGUCUAGGAUUUCCAGAGUCAAUUAUAUCAACAAAGCGGGAUUUAGAAAAAAGCAUCACUGACAGUUUAGAUUGAUUUUGAAUAUUUAAUGGCCUUCAUUUGAAACUUUUAUGAAUCAGUGGAAAACAUUGCUGAGAUUUCUUUGAUUCUGAUGGAUUCAGCAUUUUGGAAAUACUGAGCAAUUAAGACUGCUUUCUCAGACAGAAAUAACAGCUCUUGUUUACAUUUCGACUCUUCCUGUGCUGAACACACAUGGACAUCUUGGAAUGUUGUGGAUAAACGUCUCUUGUAUAAAUCACAGUGCCCACGUAUUUGGAGGUAGAUUGUAUCUAACACUUAGUGAAUGUCUUUUGUGAAGGUCUUUUUUUUCUGUUUGUUUAGGGGAUUUUUGUUUUUGUUUCUGUUUUGUUUGUUUGUUUUGGAUGGUGAAGGCCUUUUCAGUUGCCUGGAAGAAUAUGAAAGCAAAUUGUGAAACUCCACUUUAGUAUGGUAAAUGUUAAAAAAAAACUUUUCUAUGAUCAGCUAUUUGACUGAAAAAUGUGUAUUUUUCUAAUUCAUGUUGAUGUAACAUUAGUGCUAAUUGAAGAACUAGUAUUUAAAUUAUUAUUUAUAAAGGUAAAACAUCAAAAAGCUUAUUUAUUUUUAAAUUUUUUAUUUAAAAGAAUAUUCAGUUUUAAUUAUUUUUACCCCUCAAAUUAUGGGUAAAGUAGGCAUUAACAAAUUGAUGUUUGUCUCCUUUUCCCUCUUUAAUUUUAAAGAUAUUUAAAGUGAUAUAGCUAAAAGUGUUUGGAUAGUGAAUAUGUUUUGAAUACAUUGUUUUCUCAUAGUUUAGUAUAUUGACUUUGUACUGUGAAAUUGUUUUUCUUAUUUCUCGAAUAAUCUCAGGAUUUGUAUGGGGACAGAAAAAACCCCUUAACUUUAUUUAUGAGACAAAUUUCCAUACAAAACUCAGUCUCCAUUACACACAUAUGUACUCACCCACACACAUUCCUUUUUUAAAAAUCAAUUUCUUGGUGUUUUUUUUCCCCAUUAAGUUUUCCUUGAGGAACACUUAGGCCUUUAUGCACAGAACAUAAUUGUGAUGUUAAAAACAGAAAAUAAGAUAACAAUAAGACUUUAGUAAGUCAGUGAUUCUCAUCAAUAUGAAUUUAAGAGUUUUAAUUUCAAGAUUGUGUGAUUUACAUGGGUAAUUCCGUUACCCACCCAAGCAAAUCUUUGGUGGUUCAAGUUAAACUUCUGAAAGAACAGAUGUAUUCUUUUGAAAAGCCUUCUGGGUUGAUAAUACAUUAGAUCAGGAGUCAGAAACAUUUUUUGCAGUAUAUUUUUGAAUUUGUGGGCAAGAUGCCCUCUGUGGUAACUACUCAGCUCUUACCAUUUCAGUGUGAAAACAGCUACAGCCAAUGUUUAAAUAAUGGACACGAAUGGAUUGGGUUUUUAGUUUGACCCCUACGUUAAAUAGCAGUUUCCUUACCUUAAGGUGCUGAUGUCAUUGUCUCUGAGUUACUUGUCACUAGAGUUACGAAUUGUGCCUGUCAAUUAAAACCAUUGAUUGCAUUAUGAAAUUUCAAUUGGAGAGGUAUUUUAAUGUCUAACUAUGUUUGUGAAUUGAAAAAAAUGGUGGCCAUUUUUUCAUCUUCAUUAGUAAAAUUAGAUAUGGUGCAACACGUAAUCCUAAUUUAUUAAAACAAUUGAUACUAGAGCUUUUUUUUUUUUUUUUUUUGUCUAUUUGGGGUCGCACCC